UUUUGAAAUGAGCAAUGUGAAAGUGCAUUUCUUAGCAAAGGCACAGUUAGUUAGCUAACUCAUCUGUCAUUUUAGUGCUGAAUUUUAUUGUACAUUCGAACCCCUGCUGUGGCCUAGUUUGAAAGUUGUACAUUGGCUGAAGAAGACGGUUGUUCAUCUAUGACGGAGCCUCAGUUUGAAGCAGGAGAAACGGCGGCGGAUAGAAUGAUGUCGACAGCAGAUUCAAUUACUUCAAGUGAAAGUGGACAGAACAAGACAGGCAAAGUGGAUUUGGAGUCAAAUGUCGAAUUAGAAGAGGACGCCAGAGAUUUUAAUUUGCGACAAGAAGAUGUUGUCAGACAAGGACUUUUUCAGAAUGAGGAGGAUGACGGUGACAGCGGCACAGACUACUUCAACCCUGAUAUCGCUGGUACUCAGUUGCAACGUGACGAAAGCGUAGGAGAUGCAUCCCUUCCUGACACCUUUCAGACAAAUGAACUGCUUUAUUACGAGAGAUUCAAAGCCUAUCAAGACUACAUGCUAGGUGAUUGUAAAACAUCAGAGGUGAAGGCCUUCACAGCUGACUACCUGGAGAAGGUUCUGGAGCCUUGUGACUGGCAGGCACAGUGGUGCACAGACGUGUUUGAUGUGCUAGUGGAGGUGGUGGAUAUGAACUAUAAGGAGCUGAAAGCCAAGGUGAAGCUGGUGGUGCCCCUGCAGUGUGAGACGAGAGGCUGCGAGCUCACAGAGGCGGCCAUGAAUACCCUCUUAGAGGCCACGCUGCACAAAGUGCCUCUGCAGGAGCUCCAUGUGGUGUUUGAUGAGUCUGGGGACUUUGACCAGACUGCACUGGCACUUGAGCACCUCCGGUUUUUCUACAAACACAUCUGGAGACAGUGGGACGACGAGGACGAGGAUGAUGACUUUGACUACUUUGUCAGAUGUGUGGAGCCCCGCCUCAGGCUGUUUUAUGAUAUUCUGGAGGAUCGGGUGCCUGCUGGACUUGUGGCAGAGUAUUACUCUCUUUUGGCACGCUGCUCUCAGAAGUUCCAGGAGUUUUCUAGCCUGCGGAACGGCAUCAGCAGCGACUCGGAGUCGGAGCUGGACAACGUGUCCAUGGUGGAGGGCCUAAGGAUGUACGAGCAGAUGGAGGCUCUGAAGCGCAAACUCCGGAUCAUUGAGAACCCGCUGCUCAGGUAUGUGCUGGGAUACAAGGUGAACUCAGGGCAGCAGUCGUGCAGGGCCAAGGGGCCUCGUGUCUCAGGUGGCCGGAUGGUCCAUGUCGUGUCUGUCUCCACUACAGUCAGCCAGCUGCAGAGCCUGAUGGCAGACAAGCUAGGGCCCAAAUUCUCAGGGGAAGAGUUUGAAGUACAAUUUCACAGUGAGCCCCUGCUGGCUGUGAGUGCCUGCUACGAGGGAGACGUGGUCAUCAUCCUUCCAGGACACUACAAUGUCACCAGCUCCAUUAGUAUCCCAGACUCCAUAACAGUGGAAGGGUUCGGCCUACCUGAUGAGGUGGUGAUUGAGAAGAAGAACAAAGGGGACUCGUUUGUGGAGUCAACAGGAGCCGACGUGAAGGUCUCCAAUGUCAAGUUCAUCCAGCACGACGCUAUCGAAGGCAUCCUCUGUGUACGUCAGGGUAAGCUGGAGAUGGAGAACUGUGUCCUUCAGUGCGAGACGACAGGUGUCAUUGUGCGGACGUCAGCCCACCUGUCCAUGAACAUGUGUGACCUCUACGGCUCUAAGGGAGCUGGUGUGGAGAUCUACCCUGGCAGUGUCUGCAGUAUGGUGGGAAAUGGCAUACAUCACUGCAAAGAAGGGAUCCUGAUCAAGGACUUUGCUGAUGAGCUGGACACCAUGCCUAAGAUCACCAUGGUGAACAAUGUGAUCCACAACAACGAGGGAUACGGAGUGAUCCUGGUCAAACCUAGUGAUGCUGUACUGGGCGAGGCUGCACAGAAAGACACCCCUACAGAUGAGCAACUGGAUAUAGAAGAAGGGAACGAGGACAUGAAGGGUGAGGGGAAGAUGCAGGUGGAUGUGGACGUGCAGCUCAUCGUGGUGGACGACCACUCUGUGAAGGAACCAGUCUCCUAUUCGUCUUGUUACGCCGUUCCUCCGGAGUUCACGGAGGGCAAUGAUGCCAUCAAGAGGGAGCUGGUGGCCACGUCAGCCAAGAAGCAGCGACGCCAGAAGAGCAUGCUGAAGGAGCUGGGAGUGACCCAGGCAGAUGACAACCUGCUCUCCCAGGAGAUGUUUGUCUCCAUACAGGACAACCAGUUCAGGAGAAACGGCAUGGGCAGCUUCGGCACCUUCUUGUACUGAGACUAACUGACCCGUCCUCCUGUUCUGUAUUCCGUACAUGCACAAUCACACUUUUACUUUAUUUAUUCCAACCUCUUUGCUAAAUUCUGCUGCACUGACUAGUGAGUGGGUAUGUGUAUUUUUAAAUGCUUUUUAACAUGGCUUUUUAAUACGAUUCUCAUUUUAGAAUACUGAUAUCGUGCAGACCUGAGUCUAGUAAAUGCAAUUAUUUUCACUCUGACUAAUGAUGAGACUCAAAUGUCCUUCAAAUGUUUUUUCACUUUUUUGGCUGGAUAUUGUAUGAUUUCUUGAAAUGGAUAUUGGUAAGAUGACACUGUUUGAAAUGAUUUUGUUGUUGGGGGAAAUCAUGUUGCCUUAUUUUGAGUUAGUAUCUCACCCUCGCCUGUAGUUCUGGUCAUUUGUUUAUCAAAUAUUGCUGUAAACAUUCUAAAUCAUGAGCCAGUUAAAAUGAGUAUUUAUGUACAUUUGGAUCUAUUUGUGUUUUACAACUGGACACAGGUCAUAUGAGAGGGGGGAAAUCUGGAAGGGUGCUUAUUGGUUUUCUGGGCUUAAGGCUUCACCUUUUAUAAGAUGCUCACAAUUGUUUAAUUCCAGUUGAUUAAUUUUCUGGGGAUUAAAGGGCUGGUAAAACCUCA